AGUCAGCACUGAGAAAUAUUAGACAGAAAACACAAUUAUCAACUCUUCAAAGAGAUAGAAUAAUACUGGAGGAAAUCAUGGGAUCCCCGACAAAUAUCUUCCUUUUUGCUUGUAUCUUUACAUUCACAUUGUGGAAUAAUAUUCAGCUGUCUGUGGAGAAUGAAUUUACUGCACACUAUUCAAGCAGCUUUCUAGCUUGUGUUCCAAAAAGUCAAUCAAGACAUACAACAAUGUUGGAUUUAUCACAGAAAAAUAUCUCUGAACUUCAUAUCUCAGAUUUCAGUUCUCUGCCUGAACUGCAAGUAUUAAAUCUGUCUCAUAAUCUAAUCAGAGAGCUUGACUUCAAUGUUUUCAAAUUCAAUGAGAAAUUAGAAUGCUUAGAUUUAUCUCAUAACAACUUGUGGAAUAUGUGCUGUCAGACUCUUGCUCGUCUUAGACAUUUAGAUCUUUCUUUCAAUAAGUUUAAAACUUUGCCCAUCUGUCAGGAAUUUGGCAAUAUGUUGAACCUGGAAUACCUGGGACUGAGUGCCACAAUGAUACGAAAGUCAGACUUCAGAGGUAUUACACAUUUGCAACUGCAUACUGUCUUCCUAACUUUAGAAGACCUUUCUCACUAUGAAUCCAAGAGUUUGACAGUCUUAAACACAAAGAACCUUCACAUUGUUUUCCCAAUAAACAAAAACUUUUCUUUUCCCCUUUUGUAUGAUGGAAUGAACACUUCAGAGAAGUUAGAAUUGUCAAAUAUUAGAUAUAACUCUACAGAUAUCCCUUUCCCUCCUUUUGCCCCUUUGAAAUUCAAGACACUCAAUCUGAGGUUCAACAAUGUGGAUUUGUCCUGGAGUAUCUUUGCGCGAAUUUUCAUGAUUGUUUGGUAUACACCUGUAGAAUAUUUCACUGUAAAAAAUUUGACCUUUUCGGGAUCUAUUCAGAGUAUGACCAAUACUGACUUUUCACACUUAUACAAUUGGGCACAAUCUAACCAUUCAGGUAAUUCAAUGAAAGCACUUAUACUGGAGCAUAUUCGUACUAAGGUUUUUUAUUUCUCUCAAGAUAUUCUGUACAAAGCAUUUUCAGAUAUGAACAUUGAAAAUUUGACAAUAUCUGAUGCGUAUAUGCCACACAUGCUUUGCCCUUCUCACAUUAGCCUAUUUCAAUAUUUAGAUUUUUCAUACAAUGCCCUGACAGAUGAGGUAUUUAAGAACUGUGACACUCUGACUCAUUUGAAAAUGCUUAUCUUACAGAGAAAUCAAUUAGAGAAUCUUUCCAAGGUGAGCUCCAUGACGAGUAAAAUGAAAUCACUGAAACAUUUGGACAUAAGUAGGAAUUUGCUGUAUUAUGAUGAGAAUGAGAACCACUGCCACUGGGUUGAAACUCUGGCUAAACUGAAUUUGUCCUCAAACAAAUUGACAGACUCAGUUUUUGGAUGUUUGCCAAUCAACGCUCAAAUACUUGAUCUACAAAAUAACCAAAUCACAACGGUCACCAAAGACAUUACUGAACUGAAAGCUUUGAAAGAGCUAAAUAUUGCAUUUAACAGGUUAACUGAGCUACCUGGAUGUAGUCAUUAUAGGGGUCUGGAAUUCCUGAAUAUAGAAGAGAAUUCAAUUCUCACCCCAUCAUCUGACUUCUUCCAUAGUUGUCAAAAUAUCAGAGAGCUCAGAGGAGGACACAAUCCAUUCCAAUGUUCUUGUGAAUUACGAGACUUUGUUAAUUUUGAAAAAAAAUCAGACGGAAGGUUGGUUGGCUGGCCAGAAUCUUAUGUGUGCGAAUAUCCAGAUGGCUUAAAGGGAACCCAGCUAAAGGACUUUCAGUUGUCUGAACUAUCUUGCAAUACAACUCUCUUGCUUGUUAUAGCUCUAGUUGUUACAGUGGUGGUAGUGGCUGUGACAUCCUUUCUGUGUAUCUAUUUUGACGUAAUGUGGUAUUUGAAGAUGAUGUGGCAGUGGACACAAACAAAACGUAGAGUUCGGAAGAGUCACCCUGAAGAUCUGCAAAGCAUUUUACAGUUUCAUGCUUUUAUUUCAUACAGUGAACGGGAUUCCCUCUGGGUGAAGAAUCAUCUGAUCCCAAACCUGGAGAAGGAAGAUGGGUCUGUACAGAUCUGUCUGCAUGAGAGGAACUUCAUUCCUGGCAAAAGCAUAAUGUGUAAGAAACUCAACCGAUUUACUAUGGAAUUACACGGAAUUAACCAAAUCACUAUCUUGCUCAUAGUAUUCAUGAUUGUGAACCCAUAA